UACUGAUUUCUGAGAGGAUUGCUUGGUUUCUCUGGCGAAAGGCUGCACGGUUACCCGCAUUCAGUACAGCGUGGCCUGGCGAAACAUUCUGGAGAACGCUACAACAUCCUAAACGUCGUUUUCUAUAGAAAUUGGCAAGCAAUGUCAGAUAACCAGGAUACCGAGACGUUAUCAGGAGAGUGCGGUGAGACACAGGAAUCGCAGGACCCAAACUCAAAUCCUGUGAGAACAGAGGAGGCCAAACUUAAAGCCAAGUAUCCUAAUUUGGGCCAGAAGCCAGGAGGAUCAGACUUUUUGAUGAAAAGACUUCAGAAAGGACAAAAGUACUUUGAUUCAGGUGAUUACAACAUGGCCAAGGCAAAGAUGAAGAAUAAGCAACUACCAGCAGCAACUGGUCCAGAAAAGAGUAUCGUCACCGGUGAUCACAUUCCAACUCCGCAGGACUUGCCACAAAGAAAGUCCUCCUUAGUCACAAGCAAACUGGUUGGCUAAUCACUACCUCAGACCCUGACCCAAAAUUUCUCUCCUCGACUUCAGAGCUCCAUUGGGGUUGUGCACUAUUUGUUUUUAUUUUUUAUUUUUUUUAUUAUUAGUUUAUUUUGUUUGUUUGGUUUUUUUUUUAAUUCACCUCUAUCCCCUCUCAACAGCUUUUGCCUGAUCCACCACACUGUCUCACAGACAUCUGGUUUAGGGGCAAUUGUUUGAAUCAGUUAAGGGCCAAUUAAGGUGAAUGGCCCUUUUAAUGCACUUUAUGAUCUAUACACCUUCUACAGGAAUGAGAUCAGGCUCUUAGUUUAAAAUUUUGGAGGUCACAGCCAGUUUAAUCCAUUAUUUAUGAAUCAUACUUACAGGUUCAUACAGAUGAUACUUUUUGUUAUUUGGCAUUAGUAGCAUAAGAUUGUCAUAAAGCAUAUACAUUCUGCUUAGCUAUUUUGGCGACGAGUGCAUGUUAGCCAAGUCUGUAAUUUCUCAUCUCGGUCUGAUGAAAUUCUCAGUACUCAAUAGGCUCGGGUUCGAAUGUGAAUAGACAAAAAUUUGUAUCUCACGAUAAUCAAAAUUGCUUCAACUAAGGACCUGAACAGGCACAGAACAUUGUUUUUAGGACUCCUGAUUUGAUGUGGUUUAGUCAAACCAUGCAGCCUUGUACAGAAAAAUGAUGCAGAAUAGCUCAGGCUCAUAAUUGUUAAGGUAAUAAAUGUAACUGUACAUUGACUACUUUUUCCACCAGUAUGAUGCACAUCAGGAGUUUCCAAGGUACAAUCAUUCAGUCUGUUUUAUUAGUGUGUGUGAAGCCGGAGACAUUAACAGGAUAUACAGGCAGAUGGAAAAGCACAUUAAACGUGUUAAUAUACAUUUGAAUAAUUUAAUUAAGUAGGUGUAUUCAGGUAAGAAUUCUUCAUGCAGUUCAUUCUCCUGGUGUUGUCAUGUCUGCCAUCCUAUUCAUGAAAGGCUACCUUCUGAUCUAGGAUAAUUCUGUUUAGGCUUUGAUGAUGUUAAUCUUAGUUUGCAAUGACAUCAGUACUGAACACACCCAAUUCAGAAAGCUACAACUUUAGACUCCCUUUACUCUAGAAGUUUAAAUCCCAUUUAAAUGAUUUCAUAUUUACAAACCAUGUACAGAUGUGAUGCAAAUCUAUCAAUAACGUAAAGGAGAAUCAGAUUUUGCUGAAAACUAUUCAGGGACUUUAACCACAUAAUCAUAUUCAUAACCUGCAUAUUGAGUGGAAUUCUUUGUUAAAAUCACCAGUGUCUCACACCCAUAUGAAUGACUGUGACAGAUAUAACAGUAAGAAUGAUGUCAGUACGUUGGCUGGAGAAAAUUUUCAGGCAAAAUUGAGUAUGCAUUUUGCGCAUGAUUACGUUUGAAUGUUGUUUGAGUGUUUAUUGUGAAUAAUGUAUUAUGUACAGUGUUGUACCAUAACCUCUUUUAGCUGAUCUCAAAUUGUAAAUAGAUAUACAUUUAUAUUAAUAAUUGUAUUUGUUUUCAUAACCACAUAGCUUCAUUUUUCUAAUGUCCACUCUACAAGUUUCCUGUUAACAUUUUCAUUUGUGAAGUUGUUUGCUAAACAGCUUCCUUUGCAACGUUUUCCACUUAGAAAUAUUAAAUAUUUGUAAGAACCCCAUAAAUAUAUAUAAUUUUUCUCAUUAUGAUACUAUGAGUUCAGUUAAUUAGAAAACACAAUGGGUUACUGUUUAGGCAUAUGUAGUUGUAUAAAGGUGUAGAUGAUGAAACUUUCCCAAGUUGUGUAUAUUUGUAUAAUAAUGACACAAGUACCUUUAUUCUAAUAUUUUGUCAGGUAUUUUGUUUGAAUUCUAUAAGAGAUAGCCAGGAAAGGCUCUUUAGGAAAUACUGCUUUAAAAACAAGGAGAGAGCUAUGGGGCUGGGUAAAGAGAUUCAUGCAAAUAUUUCAUUUUGCAUUAAAAGGUCAACUCACCACAGCUUUAAUAUGAACUGCCCCAUACACUGCUUGAACAUUUUGGAGUUCCAAAAACUAAUGUUUACUGUGUGUAUCUGUGUACUUAGUGCUGUACGUGCACAGACAGACAUGCAUGCACCUUACCUUAAUGUAUUUAUGAUUUAAGAAGACUACUGUGGAAUUGGCUUUGAGAAAUGAUAAAUAUGCAGGAAAAAGCUUUUGAGCUUUGUCCUGGACUGUAAUGAUCUUAAGAUCUGAUCAAGUUCUAAAAGAUGGAAAAAGCUUAAGAUUAUUGUCUGGAAUAAAGUUUUGCAUUGAAA